AUGACUCCAGACCUUAGUCCGACCAUCUUCUGUAUUCUCGAGGCCGUUUUUCAUAGUGGCAAGACAGCUUCGCUUGCCACAAAACGGCAAGAACUUAAGAUUCGUCUGCAGCUCCAGGAACAAGACUCCGCGACAUUUCGACCUCUGGUUGCUAAAAUUGUCAAAUGGCUGGAGCCUUUUACAUCCUCCGUCGUUCUUCUCAUUCAGCAGGUUUCCAACAACAAACAAUUCAUACUAAAGCUAAAUGACGGCAGACUGGGCCAUCGUCACAGGCUCAAUAUGGAGGAUGGCGAACUCCCGUGGACGCCAGCUCUUGAAGAGCAUCUACCAGCGGCCGUGCGGAACAUACAACUCGGAACGAUCACCAACUGGUUCGAACUAGUCGAUGAUUGGAAGAACCCGGCGUAUCCCCGCACCAGAGACUGGGAGGACUGGAUGUGGGAGAUAGAGGCUUGGACUUCGAGAAUCACGGAUUACGUUCCCGGCACCGUCAUCGAGUACAUCCAAGGUGUGAGCAUGGGCUUGCUCAAACCUGGCGUUGAUAUCCCUCGACCGGAGGCAGAAGCGCUUGCUGACCGUGUUAUGGACGCCUUCAGCACGAUAAAAGCGGAGAAAUGUGUGAUGCACAACGAUAUACACAUCGACAAUAUUCUUCUGCGGGACUCGGACAGGUCCCCGGUCCAUAUUGACUUUGCAUGGUCCUUGACGAGGAAACCGGGGAUGAAUGAUCAGGAUAAAGAUCAUGGAAUGUGGAGAAGGAAGGAGACGCCACUGGUAAUGUAUUAUUCUGCGCUAUCAUGGAACGAAUACGUCGAGAACCAGCCCGAAGAUUGCCGCAGACAGACGUUCGAGAGGGUUCCGGGUACGGAUUGGGAAGGUGUAAGAGAAGAAGUACUGCAGUGGCGCGUCAAGCCGGGUAUUCAGUGCAGAGAUGACCAGGCGUAUAAGAUCAUGCUGGCAGACCUCCAAGCCGUUCAGCGGGAUACAAGGGUUCCAAUCUUGAUACGAUGCAACCUUCGGUCGGGAUGCCUUCUAGGAUCCGUCGUUCCUGUAUCCAGCCUUUGUCUCUUGUUUUUCCAAUGGCGAGGAAAACGUUUACGCGCCAUGUCUACGGAAUCACGCACCUCUCUCAAUGAGAUCAUGUUUCCGGAGCGCAGCGACAUACAACAUGGAUUGCAAUGA